AGGAUUCCAAUUUGUAUGGCCACAAAGCUUCCAGAGGCUGGUUCACAACCAAGAAAAAGACCACUUCAUCAGACAAACUUAACCUUACUAACCUUCAUUCUAGGCUCCGUUUGUGGGAAUAAUUGUCAAGCAUUUCAAGGAGCAAGAACCCAGAGCUUUGGUCAUUCAGUUAGCCACUCCUCACACAGCUUAAACUUAUGCCCCAGGCCUUUUGUAGUGUUUUACAAAAAGUUUCUCUAUCUUUACCUGGAUCAGGGAAAGUUUCUUUUUUUUCAGAGAUCUUGGUCCCUGACUCUAUGUCCCUCUUCUUCUUCAGACAGUGGUGGCUUACCAGAGCGAAGUGUGUCACUGACAGGAGCCCCGGAAUCAGUGCAGAAGGCAAAGAUGAUGCUGGAUGACAUUGUAUCUCGGGGCAGAGGUGGCCCUCCAGGACAGUUCCAUGAUAAUUCAAAUGGGGGUCAGAACGGCACAGUGCAGGAGAUCAUGAUUCCUGCAGGGAAGGCGGGACUGGUGAUUGGCAAAGGCGGGGAGACCAUUAAGCAGCUGCAGGAGCGAGCUGGAGUGAAGAUGAUUUUAAUCCAGGAUGGAUCCCAAAAUACCAAUGUGGACAAACCUCUCCGGAUUAUCGGGGACCCUUAUAAAGUACAGCAAGCCUGUGAGAUGGUGAUGGAUAUCCUCCGAGAACGUGACCAAGGAGGCUUUGGGGACCGGAAUGAAUAUGGAUCCCGGAUUGGUGGUGGGAUAGAUGUGCCAGUGCCCAGACAUUCUGUUGGUGUAGUCAUUGGCCGGAGUGGAGAAAUGAUCAAAAAAAUACAAAGUGAUGCUGGUGUCCGGAUACAAUUCAAACAAGAUGAUGGAACAGGCCCUGAGAAGAUCGCCCACAUCAUGGGACCCCCAGACCGGUGUGAGCAUGCUGCCCGAAUCAUCAAUGACCUCCUCCAGAGCUUAAGGAGUGGUCCCCCAGGACCUCCCGGGGGCCCAGGCAUGCCCCCUGGAGGUAGAGGCAGAGGCCGAGGCCAGGGCAACUGGGGGCCUCCUGGUGGAGAGAUGACUUUCUCCAUUCCAACUCACAAGUGUGGGCUAGUCAUUGGCAGAGGUGGGGAGAAUGUGAAAGCCAUAAAUCAGCAAACAGGCGCCUUUGUGGAGAUCUCUCGGCAGCUCCCACCAAAUGGGGACCCUAACUUCAAACUCUUCAUCAUCCGGGGAUCCCCUCAGCAAAUUGACCAUGCCAAGCAGCUUAUUGAAGAGAAGAUUGAGGGUCCUCUCUGUCCAGUUGGACCAGGUCCUGGGGGUCCAGGUCCUGCUGGCCCAAUGGGGCCCUUCAACCCAGGGCCUUUCAACCAGGGGCCUCCAGGAGCUCCUCCUCAUGCGGGAGGUCCUCCUCCACACCAGUACCCACCCCAGGGUUGGGGCAAUACCUAUCCACAGUGGCAGCCACCUGCUCCUCAUGACCCAAAUAAAGCAGCAGCUGCAGCAGCAGAUCCUAAUGCUGCCUGGGCUGCCUACUACUCACACUACUACCAGCAGCCUCCAGGCCCUGUGCCAGGUCCAGCGCCAGCCCCCACAGCCCCACCUGCCCAGGGGGAACCCCCACAGCCCCCACCUACCGGACAGUCAGACUACACUAAAGCCUGGGAAGAAUAUUACAAAAAAAUAGGCCAACAGCCUCAGCAGCCUGGUGCUCCCCCCCAACAGGAUUACACAAAAGCCUGGGAGGAGUAUUAUAAGAAACAAGCGCAAGUGGCCACUGGUGGUGGACCUGGAGCCCCCCCAGGCUCCCAGCCUGACUAUAGUGCUGCCUGGGCCGAAUAUUACAGACAGCAAGCCGCCUACUACGGACAGACCCCUGGUCCUGGCGGCCCCCAGCCACCACCCACACAGCAGGGACAGCAGGCAAGUGGGAAUUGCCACCCUCCUCCUCCUCCUUUUUCCUUCCAACCCCCGGCUACCGUCCAUCCUGCCUUAGUGGGUAGCGCCGGAAAUCCCUUCCCCUGCGGGGUGUGCCCUUGAUGCCAGCAUCGGGGGCCGUGUGGCCGGAGGUCUCCAGGAGUCCCCACGAGACAGGGGACAAUGUGCGCUGGGCCCAGAGGUUAAACAGAAGAGGCCUCCCUCCGCCAGCCUGCUUGUUCCUGUGUAACGCUGUCGUGAUGUUGGGGGAGAGCACGAAAAAAAUACAAGGUGGAACUUUUGAACUGGUGGGUGGUCCUGGGGUGGGUGGGGGGUGGGCAGAUAGCUUGAAUGUUGGUUGCCAUCCCAGCCAACUAACUCACUCUCACUCACUCUGUCUCUUUUUCUCUCAAUCUGUAAAUCUGGCCACUUGAGUUUUAAAAAGCCUUUUUCCUCCCCUCCCCCAGGUUAUGGAUUUAUUAUUUUUUUAUCAAUGAUCAUUUACCCCAAGUCUGAGUGAUUGUGUGUGUUGCAGGCACCCCCUCUCCGGGGUCAGCGCCAUCUCUGGCGGAGAAGAGGGGACCGCCCCAGGGAGGGGCCCAAGGUCUCCCUCUCUGCCCCUCCCUGGCUGCUGCUCCCUGUCCCCACUCCGCCUUGGCUCAGUCUCUUCUGCGAAUUUUCUCUCCCCCCUUCUGUCACUCUUGUGCCCGCGCCUCCGAUCCUGAUCCUGGUCUUGUCUGUGGAAGUGGGCAUGACGAUCAUUGCCACCCUCAAACCUACCUCACAGGGGUGUUGUGGGGACACCAUGAUCUUGAACAAUGUUUGUUGUAAAGCGCCGGGAAUCGCCCUCCUCCGAAUGAGGGUGCACCCCAAGAAGGAGAAGUCAUCUCGCGCUCUCUCUUCCUGCCUGUUAUGUGGUUGUUUCUCAUUCUUCUUGUUCAAAGAGCCAGAGAGUCUUAUUUCAAAUACGUACUUUGGAGCACUUGCCUAGGGAGUUGAACUCCACCCUGUGGCCUGCAAAAAUUCACUCUGCAUUUGCCACAGGGUUGGGGGGAGUUCCCUGCCUUCCUCUCUUCUCUUCCCUCCCCCCAAAAAAACACUGCUCCUUAGGCUGUUCUGAUCCCGUCCUGGUGACCCUUUUAGUCUCCUCUUCCGUUCCUCCCCUUCCCCUGGUAGUGACCAAUUCCUAUCUCUUCCCUCUCCGCAGGCUCAAUGAAUCGAAUGAAUGUGAACUUCCUCAUCUGUGAAAAUCUUUUUUUGUUUGUUUUUUUUUUGUUUUGUUUUGUUUUUGUUUUGUUUUUGG